AUGGCAUUUAUUCGCCAGCUGGCUGCUCAGCAGCAACAGUUCCAACAGCAACUACAGCAGCAGCAGCAGCCAACGCCUGGGUCCGCAACACCUGUCAAAACAGAGCCAACGUUGCCUACAGUUACGAAUGGAAGCACCACCAACGGAUCACAGUCAUCGGAGACAGUCACAGCGGUAGUGUCAGCAGAGCAGUCACAGCAGACCAAGGAGCCUGCAGUUCCGCCACCGCAGUUUUCACAGGCCGACAUCGCCACACUGCGCAAGCAGAUCCAUGCGUUCAGGCUUGUUUCAAAGAACCAGCCCCUGCCGCCGCAGCUGCGCCAGGAGCUGUGGGCCAGCAGCAUUCCCGAGGACGAAAAGCGGCUCCUUGACACGCCUCCAGAGGGGCUCGAUGGCGUUGCCGGCGGUCCGAUAAACUUUGUCUCGCCGCACCAGCUCCUCAAGGAGAAGCUUCAUGGUGGAGACCAGGCCGCGCGGAUGCAGCGGCUUCUGGUUCCCAGCAUCACGCCCACUGGCAUCGAUGUGCGAGCAAUGGCCCAGGAACGCGAGCGCAGACGCGAUGCGCGCAUUGAGUACCGGAUCAAGGAGCUGUCGGAGAUGCCUGCCAACAUCAGCGACGACCGCAUCGACAUUGCCCAGGAGGGCGGUCUGUUUAUGCGACCGGGCCUGAUCACCAAUGCCGAGUCGAGUGCUCGGUUAAAAUCAAUCAUUGAACUCAAGGCGCUGGGCCUGCGGCACAAGCAGCGUGAGCUCCGGGCCGAGGUUGUCCGCGGAAUCACUCGUGCCUCGCAGCUUGGUGUGGCCGGCGAUCGCACAGCACUGCGUCGCAUGAAGAAGCAGUCGCAGCGCGAAGCCCGGCUGACCGAAAAGAUGGAGCGGCAGCAGAGGCAGGAGCGCGAGCGCCGCGAGGUCGACCAGCACCGGCAGCAGCUCUUGGCCAUGACCAACCAUGGCGCGAACCUUGUUGCGUGGCACAAGGGCCACCAGCAGCGCAUGUCAAAGCUCGGCCGAUCGAUCCUGACAUUCCACUCGCACGCAGAGCGCGAGGAGCAGAAGCGCAAGGAGCGCAUUGCCCGCGAGCGUAUCCAGGCACUCAAGGCCGGCGACGAAGAGGCGUACCUGAAGCUCGUCGACAAGGAGAAGGACACGCGUAUCUCGCACCUGCUGGAGCAGACCGACCAGUUCCUCAGCUCACUCAUCGACGCCGUGGGCCAGCAGAAGGCAUCGGUAGCUACCGACAGCAACCCCGUCAGUGCCAACGAGCCUGUGCCGUCGUGGCUGCAGGACAACGCCGAAGCUGUGGAUGACGAUCCGGACGAUGCGCAGACCCGCGACUACUUUGCAGUCGCCCAUCGCGUCAAGGAGCCUAUCGUGGCACAGCCCUCCAUCCUGAUCGGCGGCCAGCUGAAGGACUACCAGCUGCGGGGUCUCGAGUGGAUGGUGUCGCUGUACAACAACAGACUGAACGGUAUCCUGGCUGACGAGAUGGGUCUCGGAAAGACCAUCCAGACCAUCUCGCUGGUGACAUACCUGAUUGAGAAGAAGCAGCAGGAUGGCCCGUUCCUGAUCAUUGUGCCGCUGUCGACCAUCACCAACUGGAUCCUCGAGUUUGCCAAAUGGGCGCCGUCGGUGUCAGUCAUUGGAUACAAGGGCAACCCCACCCAGCGCCGCACGCUGCAGAACCAGAUCCGCCGUGGAGCCUUCCAGGUCCUGCUGACGACCUACGACUACAUCAUCAAGGACAGGCCCAUGCUGGCCAAGAUCAAGUGGAUCCACAUGAUUAUUGACGAGGGCCAUCGCCUGAAGAACACGCAGUCGAAGCUGGCGACUAUUCUGACCACGUAUUAUAACACGCGGUACCGCCUGAUUCUGACUGGAACGCCGCUGCAGAACAACCUGCCUGAGCUGUGGGCGUUGCUCAACUUUGUCCUGCCGCGCGUGUUUUCAUCGGUGCAGAGCUUUGACGAGUGGUUCAACACGCCGUUUGCCGGCGCUGGAGGACAGGACAAGAUCGAGCUGAACGAGGAAGAGCAGCUUCUGAUUAUCAAGCGUCUGCACAAGGUGCUGCGCCCAUUCCUGCUGCGCCGCAUGAAGAAGGACGUCGAGGUCGAUCUGCCCGACAAGGUCGAGCACGUCAUCAAGUGCAGCAUGUCGGCCGUGCAGUCGCGGCUGUACCACCAGAUGCGCAAGUUUGGCACGCUGUUCCCUGGCGUCAGCAUUGACAGGCCUGGUGGUCGCAGCAGCAACGCCAGCCUCAACAACAUGAUCAUGCAGCUGCGCAAGAUCUGCAACCACCCGUUCGUCUACGACGAAGUGGAGGCGCGCAUCAACCCGACGCGCACCAACAACAACCUUCUGUACCGCACUGCCGGCAAGUUUGAGCUGCUGGACCGCGUGCUGGCCAAGCUGCUGGCUACCAACCACAAGGUGCUUAUUUUCUUCCAGAUGACCCAGAUCAUGACGAUCAUGGAGGACUUUUUGACCUGGCGCGGCAUCCGCUCGCUGCGUCUCGACGGUUCGACGUCUGACGAUGCGCGCCGUGAGCAGAUGCACACGUUCAACUCGCCUGACUCGCCAUUCAAGGUGUUCUUGCUCAGUACGCGUGCUGGUGGCCAGGGUCUCAAUCUGCAGACCGCCGAUACGGUCGUCAUCUUCGACUCUGACUGGAACCCGUCGGCGGAUAGCCAGGCUAUGGACCGUGCGCAUCGCAUUGGGCAGAAGAACGAGGUGCGUAUUCUGCGGCUGAUCACGACCAACUCUGUGGAAGAGAAGAUCCUGGCGCGUGCCGAGUACAAACGCGACCUCGACGGCAAGAUUAUCCAGGCCGGAAAGUUUGACCAGAAGAGUACGGCCGAGGAGCGCGAAAACUUUUUGCGGUCGCUGCUCAAGGCGGACGACAACAGCGAGGACAGUGAAGGCGAGGACGGAGCCAACACCGAUGAGGACCUCAACGAGCUGUUGGCCCGCAGUGACGAGGAACGGGUCAUCUUUGCUCGCAUGGACGAGGAGCGGCGGGCGCAAGAGAAGGUCGAGUGGGUGGAUGCCGGAAACACUGGUAGGCUGCCUGAGCGGCUGUUCACUGAGGCCGAACUGCCCGAAGAGUACCGGCACGACUACGACCCAGAGCUGGAGCGGCAGCGCAAGGAAGAAGAGGCGGUCAAGGACAAGGCGCGCAACAGCAGGCGCGUGUACUACGACGACGGCCUGUCCGAGGAGCAGUGGCUCGAUGCGCUGGAAGACGACAAUGUCGACCUGGACGACUACAUCGCCAAGAAGCGCGAGAAGGAGGAGCGCGCCCGAGACGCGACACCCAGCUCCGGCGGCAGGAGUCGCAGCGGGCGCAAGCGGGCGAAGCUGGAUGACGAUGCCACUGGGUCCAGCACACCUGCCGGGGCAGCGACGCCGUCUGGGGGCAGUCGCAAGGGCCGGCGCAAGGGAGGUGCAGUCGAUCCUUUGGCGGCAGAGGAGCGUGCCCAGCUCAACGGCGUCUUCGAAGCCUCGUUCAAGGCUGUGGAGGCGUGCAUCGACCCCGAAUACCAGCGUCGGCGCUGCGACCUGUUCCUGGAGGUGCCCAGCAAGCGGGACUACCCGGACUACUAUGUGAUCAUCCGCCACCCAAUUGCCAUGAAAAACAUCCGCAAGAAGGUCAGGUCGGCGCACUACCUGACAGUCGAGGACUUCCACAAGGACUGGAAGCUGAUGUUUGACAAUGCGCGCACGUACAACGAGGAAGGGUCGAUGGUGUACGAAGAUGCGUGCGAGAUGCAGAAAGCGCUGGAGGACACGCUGGAGAAGAUGACCGGCCAGAACUACCACACGCCGAUCGGCACCCAGUCGCCGCUGCCUGCUGUGUUCAACCUGGCUCUUCAACAGCAGCAAGUACAGCAGGCACAGAUGUCGCCUCAGCCCCAGCUGCCGCAGGUGCCAAUCGCCGGCGUGUCGCCAGUUCAAGAGUCGCCGUCGAUGCAGAAUGGCGUUGUUGCUGCGCAUCCAGCGUCAUCGCUGGUGAACCAGGCGUCGCCAACAAUGUCGGGCCACGGCGGAUUCGCAACCCCUGAGGACCCGAGCCACCUUCACCAGAACGGCCAGCUCUAA